AUGGGAGGAGGACACAACAAGAAGCUCAUUUUCGUAUACGGAACAUUGAAAAGAAACCAUACAAACCAUUUCCUCCUAGAAGAUCUGAUCACCCAAAACGACGCUGUUUUCGUCGGCCAACGCACGACCCGGCUACAGUACCCGCUCGUUACGGGUCUCUACGGGAUUCCUUACUUGAUCAACCAAUCUGAGUCGGGUAAACGGAUCCGAGGGGAGCUUUACUCGGUUUCAGACCGCGGGCUUGCAAGGCUUGACGAAUUGGAAGGGAUCAAAGUCGAGCAUUACGAGAGAUUACCGAUCGAGGUUGUUGAGGAUGAGGAAGUGGAAGAAUCUAACGGCGUCGUUUCGGCGGAGGCUUACUUUGCUCAUCGUAGAUUCGGUGAGAGAUUGUGGGAGAGGAAAGUAAAGUGUGGGAUGUGUGAAUUCGGUGAAAACGACGGCGUUUUGUAUGUUAGGCUCUGUUCUUGA